AUGCAAAAAUCUACUUUUUUCUGUGUUGCAUGAUGUCAGUCCGAUUUGCUUCCAAAAUUUUUGCAAAAAUUUACUAUUGUUAAUAAGAAAGUAAUUCUAAUAUAAAAGAAACCCAUAAAUAUUAAAAAUGUUACGUUUAACUUAUGGAAAUGCAAAUAGGGAAACUAGAAAACGUGUUGUGGCUAUGUCCGCUAAAGUUAUUUCCCUAAACUAUUCAACUAUCGGGAACACUCAUGGAGGACAAAAGAGGAGGCCAUUACUCAAUGUUUAUGGCCACCGUUUCGGGCCGACACAUUCGCCACCCCGGCUGACAAAUUCCAGAGGAUACGGAAUGUUGGUCGUGAGAAUCCUACGAGGUGCAUUAAAACUCCGCUACAUCGUUCUGGGUGGUGCCAUCAGUGGAGGAGUCACACUUAGUAAGAAAUACGAUGAGUGGAAGGAUGGUUUGCCUGAUUUUAAGUGGCUACAAGAUGCCUUGCCACAGGGAGAAAAAUGGAAUGGUUUCAAUAGAAAACUUAUUGAAAUGGGAGAACUGAUGAAAAACACAAUAGAAAUAGAUCCAAAACUUAAACAACUCGGGGAAGAAAAAUUAGCGGAGUGGAGAAUGUGGUUCGAUAACCGCUUAGAAGACGCUAUUGAAGCAGCCGAUUUGCAAGGAACCAAUAUCAUUGAAGAAUCAUCGGACGAAUUAAAAGCAAAAACCACCGUUAAUGCAAUAAGCUUAUCGAAAGAUGACAGUCGUAAAAAGUAUGAAACUCUUCAAACACAAGUGGAAUCAUUACAAACUGAAAUAAUGAAUGUUCAGAUUAAAUACCAAAAGGAAUUAGAAAAGAUGGAGAAAGAAAACCGAGAGUUACGUCAGCAGUAUUUGAUAUUGAAGACUAACAGAAAAACGUCGAUUAAAAAGAUCAAGAAGUCUCUAAUAGACAUGUAUUCGGAAGUGCUUGAUGAGCUUUCAGGUUACGAUACUAGUUAUUCAACGGCGGAUCACUUACCGCGAGUGGUUGUGGUUGGAGAUCAAAGCAGCGGGAAAACAUCCGUUCUUGAGUCAAUUGCCAAAGCAAGAAUUUUCCCUCGUGGCAGUGGUGAAAUGAUGACUCGCGCUCCAGUGAAAGUAACGCUUUCAGAAGGACCCUACCAUAUAGCACAAUUUCGUGACUCCGAUAGAGAAUACGAUUUAACUAAGGAAUCUGAUCUGUCUGAACUUCGCAGAGAAAUAGAGCUCCGAAUGCGCGCCUCAGUACGUGGAGGCAAGACUGUAAGCAACGAGGUGAUUUCGAUGACAGUAAAAGGCCCUGGCCUGCAAAGGAUGGUUCUGGUAGAUUUACCCGGUAUAAUUGCAACGAUGACAGUUGACAUGGCUAUUGAUACAAAAGAUUCUAUCCAACAUAUGACAAGGCAUUAUAUGAGCAACCCGAAUGCUAUUAUUUUGUGCAUCCAAGAUGGUUCUGUUGAUGCUGAGCGAAGCAAUGUGACUGAAAUGGUUACACAGUGUGAUCCGUUGGGAAAACGAACUAUAUUUGUACUCACCAAAGUAGAUUUAGCUGAAGAACUAGCUGAUCCCGAUAGGAUCAGGAAAAUUCUGUCAGGAAAACUGUUUCCCAUGAAAGCUUUGGGUUAUUAUGCAGUUGUUACAGGUAGAGGGAGAAAAGAUGACAGUAUUGAAGCAAUUCGUCAGUACGAAGAAGACUUCUUUAAAAACUCCAAGCUUUUCCAUCGCAGAGGAGUUAUAAUGCCGCAUCAAGUAACGAGCCGAAACUUGAGUUUAGCUAUAUCAGAUCGCUUUUGGAAAAUGGUUCGUGAAACUAUUGAACAGCAGGCUGAUGCGUUUAAAGCAACAAGAUUUAAUCUUGAAACCGAAUGGAAAAACAAUUUUCCAAGACUAAGAGAAUCAGGAAGGGAUGAAUUAUUUGACAAAGCCAAAGGAGAAAUUCUCGAUGAAGUUAUAAGCCUUUCACAAGUAUCUGCCAAGAAAUGGGAGGAGGCACUUACAAACAAAUUGUGGGAUAAACUAUCAAAUUAUGUAUUUGAAAACAUAUAUCUUCCGGCGGCUCAGUCAGGUUCUCAAAAUUCUUUUAAUACAAUGGUGGAUAUCAAAUUGCGACAGUGGGCGGAACAAGCACUCCCUGCUAAAUCAGUAGAAGCAGGUUGGGAAACUCUUCAAAAAGAAUUCACAGAUCUCAUUGAAAAGGCUAAGAAAUCACCAGAUCACGAUGACAUAUUUGACAAUCUUAAAACAGCAGUUGUAGAUGAAUCAAUUCGACGUCAUUCAUGGGAAGACAAAGCAAUAGAUAUGCUCCGUGUAAUACAACUCAAUACACUCGAAGAUCGUUUCGUACAUGAUAAAAGCGAAUGGGAUCAAGCAGUGAAGUUUCUCGAAAAUUCCGUUAAAAAUAAAUUGCAAUACACAGAGGAGACUCUAAAUGAAAUGCUUGGCCCUUCUCAAUUUACUCGUAUAACUCGGUGGAAAUAUCUAACAGAAGAUCAAAGUCGUAGACGUAAUGUUAAGAGCGAAUUGGACAAAAUAUUGCACAGCGAUGAGAAACAUCUUCCAACACUAUCUUAUGACGAACUAACAACUAUUCGUAAGAACCUCCAAAGAUCUGGCGUAGAAGUCGAUACUGAUUAUAUAAGACAAACUUGGUUCCCAGUUUAUAGAAAACAUUUCUUAAAACAGGCCUUACAUAGGGCAAGUGACUGCCGGAAAGCGUUUUACUUGUAUAGUCAACAAGGAACUGAUUGCGAGAUAAGCUGUAAUGAUGUUGUUCUAUUUUGGCGAAUACAACAAGUGAUCAAAGUUACUGCCAAUGCAUUGAGACAACAAGUGAUUAACAGAGAAGCGCGGCGUUUAGACAAAGAAAUCAAAGAAGUUCUAGACGAAUUUAGCGAAGACAAUGAAAAGAAAUCACAACUGUUAACAGGAAAAAGAGUAACCUUAGCAGAAGAACUGAUUAAAGUGCGUCACAUUCAAGAGAAAUUAGAAGAAUUCAUAAAUUCAUUAAAUCAAGAAAAGUAAUUUAUUUUUUAACUAAAGUUCUCAAUUCUUCUAGUCGUAGUUUUUUCAGUUCGCUUUAAAAAUUGUUAUUUUUUUAAUUGGAUUAUAAAAAAGAAUAAGUUGUAUUUAUUUCCGUCAAAUUUUGAAAAUAAUAAAGAAAAAAUGUUUUCAAAUAA